AUGAGUAGAGAAUGUUGGCACGAUAAGAAAGAAAUUAAUUCUUACGAUGAAAAUGACACGUCUUCUGCUCCGAAUUCAAAUUUAUCGGGAUUUUAUAAAGCACAACCGUUUGUUUUGGAAGAAAGCGCCGGAUCGGAAUGCGAUGAUGUUUUUUCCGCAUCUACUCCAACACACGGUUCUUCGGCUUCGGUCGAUACGAGUUCCAAACCAUCCAGAAUGACGAAAAGAAUGGCUCAAAUUCAAAGGAGAUUGGAAGAAGUCGAAGAAAAGCAAAAAGAGCUCGAAGUACGGGGGGUGACUUUGGAAAAAGCUUUGAGGGGGGAAACGACGGAGGAAAACAAAGAGGAAGAAGAAUUGUUGCAAGAAUGGUUCGAAUUGGUGAGAGAAAGAAACGAGUUGAGAAGGUACGAGAAAGAGCUUUUGGUGAGAGCACAAGAAAUGGAAUUGGAGGAUAGGCAUGCGAGACUUCAACAGGAGCUCAGAGAUGUUUUAGCCAAAGAUGAAUGUGACAAAACUCACGAAGAAGUUUUACACGAGGGAGCAUUGCUACGAGAAAUGUUGGACACGGUAGAGAAAAGAGAUGCGUUGACGUCAUUACUGGAACAGGAGAGACAAAGGUAUCAAGAAGAAGAUAAAGAUUUAGAGGCUCAGGUAUUGUCGAAAGGUCUUCGAUUGACUCCGAUAAGAAAAUACGAAUAUCAUUCGGAAGUUUGA